CAUUGAUCGCGCGCUCCCCCCGCAAAGCUGCUGCUGCUGCCGCCGCGGCGGAGCGGGCGGGGGCCGAGGCCGGCCGGGAGCGAGCGCGCGGGCAGCCCCCCGACUCCGGCCGCCCCCUCCGCGCUGGGUGCAGCCGCCCGAGUCCGUAGCCGUGCUGGAGCUGGCCGGCUUCCUUGGGCCUGGGCCCUGAGAGAGGAUCCCGUGACCGUGGUGGAGUGAGAUAAGGCUGGGAUUGCAGGCCUGCUUCGCUCCAAAGAUGUUCCCGCAAAACCGCCCCCCGGCUCAUCUCCAGGCACCCGCCGUGGCUUCGGCAGCUGCCAGCACGGUUUCCACGACCCCUCAGUCCCUGAAACUGACCUACCCGGAGACCUUGGACCGGAUCAAGGAGGAAUUCCAGUUCCUGCAAAACCAAUACCACAGCUUGAAGUUAGAAUGUGAAAAACUGGCAACAGAAAAAACCGAAAUCCAGCGACAUUAUGUCAUGUACUAUGAAAUGUCCUACGGCCUGAACAUCGAAAUGCACAAACAGACGGAGAUCGCCAAGCGGCUCAACGUCAUCUGUGCCCAGCUCAUCCCAUUCCUGUCCCAGGAGCAUCAGCAGCAAGUGGUCCAGGCAGUGGAGCGAGCCAAGCAGGUGACUAUGGCAGAGUUGAACGCGGCAAUCGGGCAUCAGCUCCAGGCGCAGCACCUGUCCCACCACGCCCCUCCCAUCCCGCUGACCUCUCACCCCUCCGGCAUGCAGCCCGGCAUCGGUGGAGCGUCUGGUCUGCUGGCUCUCUCCGGGGCCCUGGGAGCUCAGGGCCAGCUCCUCCCGAAGGACGACAGGGGACUUCACGACAGCGAGCACAGAGAGCGAGACCUGGGUCCCAGCUCCCUGGCGCUGCCCAACGGGGAGCGGGUGCGAGCCAUCUCAGAGUACCUGAGCAACAGCAAGAAGAGGAAGGCUGAGGAGAAGGACUUUGUCACGGACUACGGCAGCGAUGCGGACAAGAGUGAGGACAACCUGGUGGUGGAUGAGGACCCCUCCUCCCCGCACAGCGUCCACUCGUACUCCUCCCGCGAGAACGGGGUGGACAAGGUCCCGUUGCAGCGGAAGGAGGCUGUACCGCUCAGUCCCACCUCCUUGGCCUCAUCCAGCAGCACCUCCCCAUCACGGAGCAAGGACCAGCCCACGGUGGAGAAAGCCGCCACUCCCGGUUUGAAGUCCAGCACCCCGACUUCCCAAGGAGACGCCACGGUGCCAGGCUCCAGUAGCAGCAGCGCCACCCAGCAGUUCCGCCCGGGGGCGGCAAAGCCCUCGGUGGAUUCGUUAGCUCUGGGCCUGAGGAACCCGCUGGCCAUGCAGAGCUCCUACCCGGCCGCCUUCGGCAUGGCGCACCCCUCCGUCAACGGCGACAUGGCCGGGGCUGGGGCCUACGCAGGGCUGCACCUGGUGUCCUCACAGCUCAACGGGGCAGCGGCGGCCGUGGGAGCCGCCGGCUACGGCCGUUCCCCUCUGGUCGGCUACGACCCGCACUGCCACAUGCGUGUCCCGGGGCUGUCGGCCGGCAUGCAGGCGGGGACCUCGGGCAAACCUGCCUACUCCUUCCACGUGAGCGCCGACGGGCAGAUGCAGCCGGUCCCCUUCCCUCCCGACGCCCUCAUCGGCACCGGCAUCCCCCGGCACGCCCGCCAGCUCCACACCCUGACCCACGGCGAGGUGGUCUGCGCCGUCACCAUCAGCAACUCCACCCGGCACGUCUACACAGGGGGCAAGGGCUGCGUGAAGGUGUGGGACGUGGGGCAGCCUGGGACCAAGACGCCCGUGGCGCAGCUGGACUGCCUGAACCGCGACAACUACAUCCGCUCCUGCAAGCUCCUCCCGGACGGGCGCAGCCUCAUCGUCGGGGGGGAGGCCAGCACCUUGUCCAUCUGGGACCUGGCUGCGCCCACCCCCCGCAUCAAGGCGGAGCUGACCUCCUCGGCGCCCGCCUGCUACGCCCUGGCCAUCAGCCCCGACGCCAAGGUCUGCUUCUCCUGCUGCAGCGACGGCAACAUCGUGGUGUGGGACCUGCAGAACCAGACUCUGGUCAGGUGA